CACACGACUUACAUCCCGAUUGCAUGCCUUCUGGUGCCCGUGUUUAAUCCCCAUUUCCUCCUCUCCCUUCUGUCCCUCCUCCUCCGUGGUUAAUGAAGCGGAUACGCAUCUCGAGAUGCGGCACCCAACUGCUCGCUCCCUCCGCUCCACGGCGCCCGUUCUGUCCCUGCACAGCUUCACUCCAGCAGACAUGCACGCCUCAUAACCAUCGCAUACAGAGGCGGUUACAAACGACCGCUGCCGCCUUCAAUGCCGCCGACACGGAGGAGCUGCUUCCUCCGACCGAGACCGUCCAAUCGAUAGAGCAGCAACAGCAACCCCAAAAACAGCCCCGACGACCGCGCAAACUCUCUCUCGAGUCCCUCCCAUCACCUCACCCAUUGCGAGCAAGGGAAUCUGUGAAACUCGCCGCUCUCCGCAGCCGCCUCUCUCUCCCUCAACACUUCCCCCUCCCCACCCUCGCCCGGACGCUCGUCCACCCCUCCGCAGACCCCGAUCCCGCCUUCAAUAAUGCCUCGCUCGCCAUGCUCGGGUCCAACAUCCUCAGCUACUACCUCAGCGAGCACCUCAUCUGCAACUACCCCCGCCUUCCCAUGGCCAUCAUCUUCGCCGCCCACGACGCCUACAUAGGCCCCAAGGCCCUCGCCACCAUAGCCGGCGAAUGGGGCAUCGAGGCCGCCGCGGAACCCGGCGGUGAAGUCGACCCAGGACUCCUCCAAUUCCGCCGCCUCAAUGCCGGCGACCCUCUCCCCGCCGAGCUGCGGAGACGCACCCCGCAUAACUGGAACGUGACCACCACCCACCGCAUCCUGCGCAGCGACGAAUUCGGCUCCGCGUACAGCGGCCCCAGCAGCCCGCAGCAGUUGGCCCGCAAACCGAUUCCCGUGGAGGAGGCGGCGCAGUCGUUUGUCCGCGCCCUGGUAGGUAGCUUGCACCUGCACCUGGGGCGGCCGACGACGAAGCGCUUCUUCCGCGACCACUUCCUCUCGCGGCACCUGGAUCUCUCGACGCUGUUCGAUUUCCGCACCCCGACGCGCGAUCUCUCGCGCCUGUGCGCCCGCGAGGGGUUCGAGCCGCCCGUCGCGCGGCUGAUAUCGGAGACGGGUCGGGCGAGCCGGCAUCCCGUGUUCGUCGUGGGCGUGUACUCUGGCAGGGACAAGCUGGGCGAGGGGGCGGGCAGCUCGCUCGACGAGGCGAGGUUCCGGGCGGCGGCGGCGGCGUUGAAGAGUUGGUGCUUGUAUAAGCCGCUCGACGUGACGGUGCCGAGCGAGAUGGAGGGGGUCGAGGAGGGGGAUGCGGCGGGUGCGGCGGCGAGGAGGUGGAGGCCGAAUAUGGUGGAUUGUGGCGAGGUGGUUGUGUAAGAUAUGUCCCGUUUUUGUUUUUUGGGCGGGAGGGGGAGAGAGACUCGGAGGGGGAAAGAGAUGGGUGGGGGAUCGCGAAGCUUUCAUUUCGAACUUGUGUUUAUUCGUGAGAAAUGAGAGAAGAUGGUGUGUGGAAUUCCUGGGGGUCUGGAAGAGGAAACGGUAUGGAGAGGAGCAGAGGAGCAGAGCAUGCAGCAAUCUCCCCCGGGAUCUACCUAGCAAGGGAAAGAAGGAGAACGGCAUUGUUGUUCUUUGUAUGUACGAUGAUGCAUGGAAGAGGAAACUAGUGCGCUCGCAGGAGGAGCGAGCAGCGCGAGAAAGGGGCAUCUACUGUAUCUGUAUCAUACGUUAUGGGAUGUUGGCUGGACUUUUAAAUUUCUGAUACAUGUCAUCAUAGCAAGGACAACCACCCCGCGAGAAAGGGGGAAAGGGGUCUGUAGGAAU